CUUAUGUAAAGAUGGGGUGAGUCUCUUAUAAGAUCUUCCUUUCUUCUCUUUUCUUCUAUUAGUUAGCUUGGAUUGAGAAAGCUCCGCCCAAUAGCGCUUAGCCAUGUGUGUGUAGACCGAAAUGGUCUCGCGAAGCCGGUCAACGGUAGCCUAAGAGCAAGUCAAAACUACGAGAAGGGCGCGAGAAGUUUUGUGAAGGUAGAGAGAGAUUUUCAAAUCAGACUUCAAGUUGGUGUGCCGCGUGUUAAGAAGGCAGAGACCGCCCCAGGCUUCGCCCUAAUUCCCAUCUAAGGUUGAAUAAGAUUAGAUUAGUCUCGCAAAAUUCGUUCUCGAAUGAUUCAUCGAUGGAAUUAGGCCUAGGUGUAUGAAAAUUUCUUGUGAUUCCACUUCGCUUGCUUGCAAGCGAAGGCAUACACGCAUCGAUAGGGAACCCAAAGAAGAGCUAGAAAAAGGAAAGCGGCACCAACACUUAAUAGCUCCAUUUCUUGUUCCUGAGCGGAAGGUACGCUCAGCCCCUGAUACAUUGCUAUUUCUUAAUCCUUGCGGCCAGGGAUAAUGAGUCGGUUGGCUCUUAGAGUAUAGCCUCUCUCGGGGUUAGCGAUAAGAGUACACCGGCCCGUGUGGUAGCGGGCGAACGUCGGAUUUCGUGCUUGCAAGGAAGCGUGCAAGUGGGUGAACGCAUCACCAGCCAAGCUAGUCACUUGGAACAUAGGGGUAUUCAAUCCCCGAGCUUCUGGGCCUUGAGAACCGACUUCGGAUUUGCUCCUUAGAUAGUGAGUAGCAAAGAAGGGUAGGGUUUCAAGUUUAGGGUUUUCACUUCCACGUCCCAGCUCGUCGAAGCUACCGCCUAUCGAUUGAAAUUUCCCUCCUCAGCCGGAGGCGGAACCGGCUCCCCCUGAACCAUCCUCGGAAGAGUAAGGAAGGAGAAGGGAACGGGAGUUUCUCGCCUCCUAAGAGUAUAAAGAAGCGGAGUGUCACCCCAACAAACUAGACGCACGCAUCAAGGCGUUCUGCCAACGAGCGAAGGCGAUCGCUCAAGAAAGGGGAUUCCGCCCCGGCAAAUGCGAUGCAGUGAAAGACGCUGCGGACUAUGUGGCCGAUGACGUAAAAGAUAUGCCGGCAGCUAGCCAACUCCGCUUUCUAACGAGGUUAAGGCGUGACCUAGAAAACGGAAACAGCGAGACCUGGGGUCUCAUCGAACGAGAAGUUCGAAGAUGGAGACCAGGUUCGGCACGAAAUCAUAAAGGUUUGAGGGCCCGUUGGUCAAAGGAAAGGGAAGGUCCUGCUUCCGGGACGGAGCCGUAUGACGCGAGAGUGUCACGUACGGUUCCUUUGAGAAGGGUGUGAUACCACCACCUAUCAGGCCCGACGAGCGGUCCACGGAGCUGCAUCCCUACUCACCUGGUCUAUGCACAUCGCUCUCUCCAGGAGGUUGGCCGCCUAUCCUAGAUCUUCCCAUUUCCAAGAAGAUCCCGGGCUCGAUCUGGUUUAGUAUCAAGGUGAUUCUUUUUCUGUUCCUAUAUAUAUGGGUCCGUGCAGCAUUUCCACGAUAUCGUUAUGAUCAAUUAAUGGGACUUGGCCGGAAAGUGUUCUUGCCUCUAUCAUUAGCUCGGGUAGUCCCCGUUUCUGGUGUUUUAGUCACCUUUCAAUGGCUCCCUUAAUUAUGUGCGAGGAAUUGCCCUAUUGAGUAAUGGGAAGCGGGCUAGUCCCCGAAAAUGCCCCGCCCGUAAGUUCCUUUGUCGUUGGGGAAAAAAAAUCUCUUGAUUUUUUGGAGAUUCGAAAUUCUGCAUUUUUCUCUCCCAUGCUUUCCGUUGGUCAACAACCAACCAAAGUGCUCUAUACUUCUUCACUACUCGUACAGGCUUGACGGAGUUAAGCUGUAUUGAGGGAAUCGUUUUGUCUCAAUCAAUCAAGAAUGCCUCAACUGGAUAAAUUCACUUAUUUCACACUGGAUCUAGCGCAGAUCGUCUCCAGCCCACUUGAACAAUUUGAAAUAAUCCCAUUGAUUCCUAUGAAAAUAGGAAACUUAUAUUUCUCAUUCACAAAUCCAUCUUUGUUUAUGCUACUAACUCUCAGUUUGGUCCUACUUUUGGUUUAUUUUGUUACUAAAAAGGGAGGAGGAAACUCAGUACCAAAUGCUUGGCAAUCCUUGGUAGAGCUUAUUUAUGAUUUCGUGCUGAACCCGGUAAACGAACAAAUAGGUGGUCUUUCCGGAAAUGUUAAACAAAAGUUUUCCCCUCGCAUCUCGGUCACUUUUACUUUUUCGUUAUUUUGUAAUCCCCAGGGUAUGAUACCUUAUAGCUUCACAGUUACAAGUCAUUUUCUCAUUACUUUGGGUCUCUCAUUUUCGAUUUUUAUUGGCAUUACUAUAGUGGGAUUUCAAAAAAAUGGGCUUCAUUUUUUAAGCUUCUUAUUACCUGCAGGAGUCCCACUGCCAUUAGCACCUUUUUUAGUACUCCUUGAGCUAAUCCCUUAUUGUUUUCGAGCAUUAAGCUCAGGAAUACGUUUAUUUGCUAAUAUGAUGGCCGGUCAUAGUUCAGUAAAGAUUUUAAGUGGGUUCGCUUGGACUAUGUUAUGUAUGAAUGAUCUUUUAUAUUUCAUAGGGGAUCUUGGUCCUUUAUUUAUAGUUCUUGCAUUAACCGGUCUGGAAUUAGGUGUAGCUAUAUCACAAGCUCAUGUUUCUACGAUCUUAAUCUGUAUUUACUUGAAUGAUGCUAUAAAUCUUCAUCAAAGUGCUUAUUUUUUUAUAAUUGAACAAAAGCGAGUCUGAAUGGGUAUACUUAGUCGUGGAGCAUUCCGAGUCUUUGCUUUAGGGAUCGUUCCUGCGCAUCUCCUUACUUUAUAGCAGUUAUUGCUCCGGUUCCAGAAGGUAUAGCUCUCGCCUCAGCUUUUUCUUUGAAAUCGG